AUGUUGUCGAACCCCCUUCACCGGUUCUCGCCCUACCAUAUCCCAUCGACAGCCUUCAACGGCCAUGUCCCCGCCAGCCACCUCCACGCCGCGGGACUCGACACGCUGGCGCCGGGGCCUCACUACGCUCUGCAGCAGCUUCAACAACACGUCGGCAUUCACAACCCGCACCUUGCAAGGGCCGGGCCUCAAACGAAGCACAGGCAGCAUCCGUAUGGGCCGGCCGCCAGGGCAGCCGGGGCAGCCGGGCCAAUCCGGAGGAGGAUAAGCAGAGCGUGUGAUCAGUGCAACCAACUGCGAACGAAGUGUGACGGUCAACAUCCCUGUGCGCAUUGCAUUGAGUUCCAACUCGGCUGUGAAUACAUUCGAGAACGGAAGAAGCGCGGCAAGGCGUCCAGGAAAGAUCUAGCUCAGCAAGCGGCUGCACAAGCCGCGGCAGCUGCUGCGGCAGGCCAGAAUGGCACCAAAUCCGAAAACCAGACAACGAGCGAAAGUGGCCAGUCAGCAGAGAGCCAGAAUGAUACGGUGACAGUGAAGACUACUAGUACCAAGCCGUCCUUGACCGUGUCCACUGAGCAACCAUCAAGUUCCGACAAGAGCGUGAGCGACAUCGCAGAGGACGCGAUCAGGGGUCAGAGGACAGGGAGCAUGGAGAGUUUAGGUGAUUUGGGCACCCACCAAGGACACAUGACGAACCACCCGGGGGCCCUCGAUAGGGACCGCCACCUCGACAGCCCGACGGCACUGGAUCUGAACGGGUAUGUCGCUGUCCACCCGGAAUACGAGCGGCAGAUGGGCGCACACAUGAUGAGCGGGCCGGCGCAUGCGCCCUACGGCCCCAACCAGGGGAGCAUGUCCAGCUACCCCGAUCUGCCGUACGCCUUGCAGACACAGAGCCCCACGGGCUACUCGGCGAACGCCGCGAACGGGUUCCGCCUCGCCAACAGCCCUCUGGGUGCCUAUCCCAUGGGCGGGGAAGCAGCAUCCCCAGGCGGCUGGAUGAACAUGUCAUCACCACCGCCCCAGUUCGCCUCGCACGUGCCGCAGAACGGCUACGGCCACUCACAGCUCCGGUACCCGGUGUUAGAACCCCUGAUACCACACCUCGGCAACAUCAUCCCCCUGUCCCUUGCGUGCGAUCUCAUCGACCUGUACUUCGCGAGCUCGUCUUCGGCGCAGAUGCACCCCAUGUCACCCUAUGUUCUCGGCUUCGUCUUCCGGAAGCGGUCGUUCCUCCAUCCCAGCAAGCCCCGCCAGUGCCAGCCGGCCCUCCUAGCAAGCAUGCUGUGGGUCGCUGCGCAGACGAGCGAUGCGCCCUUCCUGACGAGCGUGCCGUCGGCGCGCGGCAAGAUCUGCCAGAAGCUGCUCGAACUGACUGUCAGCCUGCUCAAGCCGCUCAUCCACACGCCCUCGGAGGAGGCGUCCCCUGUGUCGAGCCCCAUCGUGGACGGUGUCGCCCUCGGUGGCCUAGGCGUGGCGCUGCCUGGAUCGAUCAGCAUGGAAAGCCUGACCGGCGAGUCGGGCGCUUUUGGCGCUGCCGGCACGCUCGACGACGUCGUGACCUAUAUCCACCUGGCGACGGUGGUGUCCGCGAGCGAGUACAAGGGCGCCAGCCUGCGGUGGUGGAACGCCGCGUGGUCGCUUGCUCGCGAGCUCAAGCUCGGGCGAGAGCUGCCUCAGAACGCGCCCUCGAGUCGCCAGGGCGGCGCCCCGGAUAUCGACGGCGAAGGAAACGACGAGAUGGGUGGCGUGCCCGGCGUCAUCACCGAGGAGGAACGCGAAGAGAGACGGCGGAUCUGGUGGCUCGUCUACAUCGUCGACCGCCAUCUGGCGCUGUGCUACAACCGGCCGCUCUUCCUCCUGGACAUCGAGUGCGAAGGGCUGCUCCAACCCAUGGACGACACCGACUAUCAGAACGGCAACUUCCACGCCUACACCGACCCCAACGUCCUCGCGUCGGAUCCCGACGCCGGCCAGAACCGGGGACGCGGGCCGUCGUUCGAGUGCACCGGCCACAGCAUCUUCGGCUACUUCCUGCCCCUGAUGACCAUCCUCGGUGAGAUCGUCGACCUCCACCACGCGCGGAACCACCCCCGCUUCGGCGUCGGGUUCCGGUCGUCGCGCGAAUGGGACGACCAGACGUCCGAAAUCACGCGGCACUUGGACACGUACGAGCAGAGCCUGAAGCGGUUCGAGCAGCGCCACCUCAGCCUCAGCGCGCAGGCGCAAGCGGCCGACGAGAAGGCCGCCGAGGCAGCGGGCGUGCCCACGGCGGCGGCGGCGGCCAACGACCCGCUGCAGCAGCCGGGCACGCCGUCGGGCCACAGCGUCCACAGCGUGCACACGGCGACCUCGUCGAGCCGCAUGACCGAGAGCGACAUCCAGACGCGCAUCGUCAUGGCCUACGGCACGCACGUCAUGCACGUGCUGCACAUCCUGCUGACGGGCAAGUGGGACCCCAUCAACCUGCUGGAUGACAACGACCUCUGGAUUAGCAGCCAGGGCUUUAUCACGGCCACGGGCCACGCCGUCAGCGCCGCCGAGGCCAUCAGCAACAUCCUCGAGUACGACCCCGGGCUGGAGUUCAUGCCCUUUUUCUUCGGCAUCUACCUCCUGCAGGGCUCGUUCCUGCUGCUGCUGAUCGCCGACAAGCUGCAGCUGGAGGCGUCGCCCAGCGUGGUCAAGGCGUGCGAGACCAUCAUCCGCGCGCACGAGGCCUGUGUUGUCACGCUCAACACGGAGUAUCAGCGCAACUUCAGCAAAGUCAUGCGCAGCGCCCUCGCCCAGGUCCGCGGCCGCGUGCCCGAGGAUCUGGGCGAGCAGCACCAGCGCCGCAGGGAGUUGCUUGCGCUGUACCGCUGGACCGGCGAUGGGACGGGCCUGGCCCUGUGAGAGGGGGGGAUGCCGUUCCUUUCGCCCCGGUCAUCACCCCACCAUCCCAUGCUUGAGAUGGCUGCUGUGCCUCUCCCCUCCCACGCGCUGUUCUCUAUAUAAAAUUCUAUGUUUUCCCUGGGG